AUGGCCGGAACCAAUGAUAAGAACCAAGACUACGUCACUCGCGGGCUUAAAGCCGCUAUUCACAACGACAACGUCUCCGAUGAAGCGAAGAAAAAUGCCGCACAGCGCCUCAAGAACAUGGGCUCGGAAGUACCCUCUGAUUUCAGCUCAGGUGGUGGCCGAUCUGGAGGAACCAACUUUGACGAUUCUAGAAGCCUGAAUCCUAACCAGGAACGCGGUUACAAAUCAGUUUUAUCGAGAGACAAUACGUCCAACGAAGCAAAGGACCAUGCACGGGCGAUGCUUGCGGGAGACGAGCCCGGUUACACUGAUCACGAUGCUGAAGGCGACGCAGUGGACGUGGAAACCAGCGGUAAAGAGACGAAUCGCGUCUUAGGAGGCUACAAGGCAACCUUAAAGAACCCAAAUGUAUCUGAUCAAGCCAAGCAACACGCCGAGGACGUCUUGCGUGAGGCGUGUGAUUAA